UCUUUCAAAAAAAAAAAACAAAAUCGAGUUCAAAUUCAAAUCGCUCUCCGGCUCCGGUGUAUUUUGCGGCGGGUCGUCCGAGCAACUCCGUCGACGAAGACUCCUGCGAUGGACGGAUACGAAGAUUGGGAGCUUCGCAACGAGGAAGGCUUCGUUUUCAAGCGAGUGAAGCGAAGCCGUAUCUCCGACUCCGGAGAAGCAUCCAAACCGGUGGAACCGGAGUUGGAUCCGGCGGUGGAGGAGAGGAAUCGAAGGACGCGGAAGAAGAGGAUACUGGUGAAGCUCAAAAGAAAGUACCAGAGAGAGAUGGAGCAGUGGGACAUUUUGUCGAACAGCUUCAGUGCUAUGCAAGAGAAGGCUGCUCGAUUUCAAACGGCGGAGCGGGAAGAGAGGUUAAACGCGAGCGAAACGACGUCGUUUCGAGAUUCAGAGCAUGGCGGAGAAGAAGAUGCUCCCAAGACGGUGUCUUGUAUGCUCGACGAGCUUCUUUCUAUGGCAGAAGCACAAGAAGCGAUCGUCAACGAUGUCUCAAAUCUCUGCGAAGUUGCAGAAAACAUAUGUAGAGUUGAACAAGAAGAACAAGAGUCAUUGUUUGAUCUUGCCGUUUGGAGCUCACCAAGGAGUCUUAUGGCGUCUCUUUGUGCUGCUGAUUAAAACCAAACCAUGUAUUCUGCUUCUCUUUCUGUACAUUCUUGUCUUGUUUUCGAGUUGUAGCAUAUGUCCUGUCUUGUCUUAUAGCUUGAACAAUGUACUUAGUGUUGUUUUUCUCAAAACGUGAAACACCAAAACAGCUUGAAUAACUUUAAAAUCAACACUGA